UGCUUCAGCAGUGACGAUUGGAUGUUUGACUCCGGAAAUCAGCAAAGAUUGUUGCAGGAGGUCCCCACAAGCAGCGAUUUUUCAUGGACUUUGGCCAUGGAUGCCAUGGCAAAUCACAGCAGCUAUUCGCUUUCGUUUUCGGAUGGCCACUGGUUACUGGAGGUGCUGGUGGGUGAGAAGAAUCUCAGUAUUGAUCUUGGACCCAAUGAGCUUCGAGUUCACCGAGAUGAUGGAAUCCUUUCAAUUGCACUGCCUGCUCAUGCUGUCUUGGCAGUAGAGAACUGUAAGACGAAACUGAAGGCUGGACGUUUGGCUGUAAAAUGGCCACCUGUACUUGAGAACUUUGAGAAGGAGUGCUAUGUGCUGAAAAAGUGCGAGCAGCCAUUGAUUUUCGCAGCCCCCAACUUUGUGGAGAAAAGUGUUUGCGUGAACCUCAUUCGCGCAGCCAAGAUGUAUGGCAAGGCUGUGCCGCAGUUCGGCCAUGAUGUCAAGUAUGAAAUGCCCCUGUGGCCUGAACUGCACGCAGAGAUGGACUCUGACACAGCCAGGGAGCUGGAAUCUAUCUACAGGAGGCUGGAUUGCCUGUGUGGCACCGAGCGACGUUGCGACGAACAGCUUCCGCGCGUACAUUUCCAAGCACCUGAUAUGGCCAAGUCACGGAUGCCACAGGGCCUGCACCUGGAUACCAAUGGAGCGCCACAUCGCUAUGUCACUGCCUUGAUCUACCUGGAUACUCUGCCGGCAUCAGGUGAUGGUGCUACCACCUUUCCAUGUGCCAUGGCGCCAGAACCGGUGCAACGUGCGGGGCGGGAACUGUACAACCAGGGUGGACAACACACCUCCAAUGUAUCAGACCCUGAGCUCGAAACCUUAGCCCAGGAGUUGUUAGAUGCAUCAGAAGAAUAUUGUGGUUUCUCAGCUCUUCCUGAGCAAGGAAAGUUGGUGCUCUUCUUCACCAGAGGAGAUGAUGGCGCAGUGGACCCCAUGUCGUGGCAUGGCGGGGCUCGGGUCUCUGCUGCUGGAGAUUUUGGAGGAAAGUGGAUGCUGCAGAUUUUCAAGACGCUUCCUCCUGAGAUUCGCUCACAGAAAGAUUUGCUGAAACGCUUUUCAGCUCGCUGCCGUCAGCCUCCAGAGUUUGUUUGUGACAAAGUCUGUCACAGACUUGGCACUGACUUGCUGGAAGCUCGGGAAAAAGUGGCGGCUUCCCCGCAGAAUUUUGAGCCAUCUCAGCCAUCUCUGCCAUACCUUCAGCUGAGAAUGCGGCACAGGCUCUUGGGUCCUGAGUCUGCGGUGCUGGAAAAAUGGAGCCCCUAA